GAAGAAGUUAGUUAUUAGACGCUUGCCCAGUCCUGUUCCUGAACGUCAGCAUCUCUGCAUUUAUUUUCCACUGUAUCCGUGGUUCCUUGUUUCGAUCACGCACGAAUUCACGGAGUAGACACGCACAUCGAUCUUUGGCGUAAAGCAGCAAAACAUGGCACCUUCAAUCGAGUCUAGUGACAACCGGCCCGAGUCCGGGCGCUCAGCAGCGAGUAACCACAAGGCCUCCCUCUCGAACAGCGCCGACCCAAAUCAGGCCCUAAAUGGAGAGCGUGCAGUGGACAGUGUUGGCUCGAACGGUUUCUCUUUACGCUCCAUGCAGCAUCGCGACCGCGAAGGCAAGCUGAUCACGGAUCCUGACUUGUCGAACCCGACUCGCUAUCGGUUCGAGCGGCCUUUGGAUACAAUUCGAUCCUUUGAAGCGGCCAUCGAACGACGCAGGCGGGAG